CAAAAACAAAUAUUUACCAAUAAAUAAUUAUGUCAAUGUGUGACGCAGUAUAUAAUUCAAAUAUAUGCCUAUUAAUAUAAAUAUAAUGAAGUUGAGUACAAUUCAAGCUGAUAAAGAUAAUAUUCAUAUAGUUAAACUUGGGAGGCUGAAAUUCUUUUUGAAUAACCUUAAUCCUAAAUGGGUAAGCUUGAUAUUAUUGGUAUUGCAAACAACAUGCACAAUAUUGAUAACCAGAUAUUCUAGGACCUCACAUGGCAGUGUUAAAUCACCCAAAAAAAUUGAGCAUCCGACAGAUAUAUCAAAUAAUGAUGUUAAAUAUCUAUCUUCAACAGCAGUUCUUUUUUCUGAAAUUUUGAAAGUUGUCAUAUGCCUGAUUAUAGUUUAUUACAAUCAAGGUCAAUCAUUAAGUAGCACAAAAUCAGCUGUUCGGGAGCAUGUCUUUAAUUCCCCGGCGGAAAUGGGAAAGAUAUUCGUACCGGCCGCGUUAUACACCCUGCAAAAUAACCUGAUUUUCUUGGCCCUCUCUAACUUGAACGCCGCCACAUAUCAAGUGACUUAUCAACUCAAGCUAUUUACGACCGCAUUUUUCUCCGUCAUUUUAUUGGGGCGCAGGCUCAAUAUUCAGAAAUGGUUUUCCUUGCUUCUCCUAAUGCUGGGAGUCAUUUUGGUUCAGAUCAAACCGGAAGAAGAUACCUUAGAUAAAAUCCAUAAAAGCGAUUCGAAGAAGGAUAAUAAUACCUUGGUAGGCAUUUUAGCGGUUCUGUCGGCAUGUAUGUGUUCCGGCUUUUCCGGCGUAUAUUUUGAAAAAUUGCUCAAGCAAAAUUCAUCCAAAAUUUCUCUGUGGAUUAGGAACAUUCAGUUGGGUGUAUGGGGUAUUAUUAUAGCCUUUCUCGGUGCGGUCAUCUACGAUUACGAAAAAAUUAAGGAAGGCGGAUUUCUGCAGGGAUACGAUAAAUACACCGUUAUGGUCAUCGUAUUGCAGGCAUUGGGAGGUCUAAUUAUAGCCACUGUCAUCAAAUAUGCCGAUAACAUAGUCAAAGGGUUCGCGAACGCCAUUUCUAUUUCACUUUCGGCACUUUUGUCUCAUUAUUUGCUUCAAGAUUUUGAUCCUACCAAAUUAUUUGCCUUGGGUACUUUCGUAGUCAUCCUGGCCACGGUACUGUAUGGAUACGAGCCCUCUAAAAAAUCUUCCGCUUCCGCUAUGUUGAAUUCCUCCGCCGAAAAAACCGGUUUGGUUGCGCAUUUGCACCAAACGACACCGAAGAAAAAAUUCCAAACUUACAUAACUUAAAAAAUUUGAUAUUAUGAAUUUUUUUAUUUAUUUAAAUAAUUGUAUAAAGUUAAGGAUUAUAUUUAUAUUUACAUU